GGUCUCCGUUCUAAUGUGUAUAUUCGUAGUUCAAAGGACAUUGUGGGGACUGGGAACUAGCCUGAAUGAUUAUACGUGCAUGCACACGUGCGCCAAAUUGUCUUACUCAGGGAGGGGACUGUCGGCUAGACACCGAACAGGGAAUAGAUGUGAACUUUUGAAGUGUAGAGAAAUUUGUACGUGCAUGUACAAAGUGUGGAAAGUACACCAUGUCAGCUUUCAGGAACAAGAUUGCCAACAAGCGAAUGCAGAGUGUGACCUUCUCAUCCUAUAGCAGUGCCGAGCUUUGUCAUCUCAGUGUCAAGGAGGUCACAAACCCACGGUCAUUUGACGAGUUGGGCCAUGCUACCAGCGGUGGACUCUAUGAUCCAGUGUUUGGUCCCAGUGACCGCAAUGAACUCUGUGACACCUGUUUCCUCAGCUCCUUGCACUGCCCUGGUCACAUGGGCCAUAUCAGCCUGCCCUUGCCAGUAUUCAACCCCCUCUUCUUCAGGCUUGUCUUCCAGCUGCUGAGGGCCACUUGCUUAAAGUGCCACACCCUCCAGCCGCCCCGCUGGACCAUGCAGCUGGUCAAGUACCAACUGCGGGCCCUUGAUCGUGGUCUGCUGAACCUGAUCGAUCACAUGGCCGACCUGGUGAAACAGACGCUGGCUGAGACAGAGGACAAGGACGUUGUCUUGGCCGACACUGUAGAGACAGCUCUCAGUGACUGCCUGGACGCUGCUCUCAAAGAAGAACAAGACCAGCCAUGCCACCUGCCCAAGAGCCGUCACAUCCAGGACCGGCGGCGCCAACUGAUCCAGGACUUCCUCCAGCAGCACCUCCUGCCCAGGGGCCGCAAGUGCUACCGCUGCGGGGCUCAUAUGCGGGACAUGCGCAGCGAACACAACUCCCGCAUCCUGACCAAGACAGGAGAGAAGAAGACCACACUGCUGACGGUCUUCAUUUCGCCGCAGGAGGCCCGGACCCACCUGCGCAAGGUCAUGAAAAAAGAAGGAUCUAUACUCAGAUGUCUCUUUGGCAUGCUAAAGGCCGUGGAGUUUGAUGGAGACAAGGAGAACUCUGAAGCCACGGAGGAGACCACUGAUGAAAUCCUCUGCCUCACGGAAGAUGCCAUGGAUGAGGCUGAGGGGGGCGAGCAGACCGAUGAGGUGGAAGAGCGAUCGGCCGCAGAUCUGUUCUUUCUCGAUGUCAUCCCAGUGAUACCCUCCAAGUUUAGACCGAUUACCGGUGUGAUGGAGAAGAAAUUUGACAACCCCCAGACGGCCAACUUGGCCAAAGUGCUGAAGGACUGUCAGACACUGAGGGUACUGCUACGGAUAAUGGGCCGACAGGGGGAGGAGAGGCAGCAAGGGGAAGAGCAACAACAGGGGGAGGAGGGCAGCAAGACCAAAGAGCAGGAGGAAAAUGACAAGAGUAUAUUGGCGUCCAUCCCAGGCAAGACCAAUGCGGAGAAGCUGCAGAAUGCCUGGGUGACGCUGCAGACCCAUGUCAACACGGUCGUGGACAGCAACCUUGACAAGCUGUCACGUGACAAGCAGCCAGGAAUCAAACAGCUGUUGGAGAAAAAAGAAGGCCUAUUCCGUAAGCACAUGAUGGGCAAGCGUGUCAACUACGCCGCUCGCUCUGUCAUCUCUCCGGACCCUUACAUCAACACCGACGAGAUCGGUAUCCCGGAGAUCAUUGCCAAGAAGCUGUCCUAUCCCCAGCCGGUCACCGACUGGAACGUGCGGGAGCUGAGGGAAGCAGUGAUGAACGGACCCAAUGAGCACCCUGGGGCCUUGCUGAUAGAGAACGGAGACGGCAGUCAGAUGAGACUGAGCGCUUGGAAUCACUCCCAGCGAGAGGCGGCUGCUAAACAGCUCCUGGUCCCCAAGAACAUUCACCACGGACCCAACUGGCAGAAGAAGGUUCACAGGCACAUACGAACAGGAGAUAUUGUGCUGCUGAAUCGCCAGCCCACACUGCACAAGCCCAGUAUUAUGGCUCAUAAGGUCCGUGUGUUGCCCGGCGAAAAGACGCUGCGUCUGCACUACUCAGCCUGCAAGACUUACAACGCAGAUUUUGAUGGAGACGAGAUGAACGUGCACUUCCCUCAGAAUGAGAUCGGCAGGGCUGAGGCAUUCACUAUUGCCAAUACCAGUGAGCAGUACCUUGUUCCCAAAGAUGGCACCCCUCUAGGUGGACUGAUCCAAGAUCACAUGGUGGCAGGGGUGAAGAUGACAGUCAGGGGCAGGUUCUUCAACAGAGCUGACUACCAGCAGCUAGUCUUCAGUGCCUUGACGGACCACCCUACGGAGAUUCGUCUCCUACCACCAUCCAUCAUGAAGCCCGUCCAGUUGUGGUCCGGCAAGCAGGUGAUAUCCACACUGCUUCUCAAUGUCAUCCCUGAGGAUUUGCCAGCCAUCAACUUCAAGGGCAAGGCCAAGAUUGGCAGUAAGUCUUGGACCCAGGUGAAGAAGGGACCUCAAUUGACUUCCAGCAGGGGCACACCCCUGACAGGGUUAUCAAUGACAGAGUCUGAGAUCAUUGUGAGAGGAGGGGAGCUUGUAUGCGGGGUACUAGACAAGGCCAACUAUGGAAACACCUGCUAUGGUUUGGUGCACUGCUGCUUUGAGUUGUACGGAGGACAAGUUGCCGGGAAGCUACUGAGUUGCCUUGGGAGGCUGUUCACAACGUUCUUGCAGCAGUUCACUGGCUUCACGCUUGGCGUUCAGGACAUCCUUGUCACAGAAAAGGGCAAUGCCAAAAGGAGGAAGUUGAUCAGCAAGGCCAAAGGCAUCGGGCCUGAGGUUGUAUCCAAUGCUCUGGACGUAGAGGAUGCCAGCAACUUAACAGCACUGAAGGAGAGAUACGAAGAAGCGCACAGGAAAUCUGACGACACGGAGUUGCGAGAGAUCGAUCUGAAGAUGAAAGGACAAACAGACAGAUUUACUAACGAGAUCAGCAACGCCUGCCUAUCCAAAGGGCUGGAGAAGGAGUUUCCAGACAACAACCUACAGCUGAUGGUGCUGUCGGGGGCCAAGGGGUCUCAGGUCAACUGCAUGCAGAUCUCCUGCCUGCUGGGCCAGAUAGAGCUGGAGGGGCGUCGGCCACCGCUCAUGGCCAGUGGGCGGUCCCUGCCGUCCUUCCUGCCCUACGACCCAUCCCCGAGAGCCGGCGGAUACGUGGAUGGGCGGUUCCUGACUGGCAUCCGACCGCAGGAGUACUUCUUCCAUUGCAUGGCCGGCCGAGAGGGACUUGUCGAUACGGCAGUCAAGACAAGCAGAAGUGGCUACCUGCAGCGUUGUAUCAUAAAACAUCUGGAGGGCCUCGUCGUGAACUAUGACCUCACUGUCCGAGACAGCGACAGCAGCGUGAUUCAGUUCCGCUACGGAGGGGACGGACUGGAAAUCCCCAAGACCCCCUUCCUGACGGAGUCCCAGUUCCCAUUCCUGCUGGACAACAGCGCCGCGUCACUGGGCCGAAGGUACAAGGCAGAGGACUGCGACGCAGCGGCAGCCCGCAGACUGCAGAAACAGGUUGACAGAUGGGUGAGAAAAAAUGGCGCUGUCAGGAGAAAGGAACGGUGUUCGCCAUUCCUCAACUUCGCUGCCAAGAAACUGGGCAUCCUCCUGGAGGAGAGGAAGGAGAGGGAAGGAGGCGAGGAGAAGAAGAAGACAGUGAGGGAGGAGCUCGUCAGUUGGUGGAGGGAAGCGACCGACAAAGAGAGGUACGGCAAGAAUACCUCUCGCUGUCCUGAACCUGUUCACUGCCAACUCCGACCGGACAUCCAGUUUGGUGCCAUCUCGGAGAAACUCAAUGCCAUUAUGCAGGAUUACCUUAGCAACGUCGGGGUGCAACACCUAGAGAAGUACGGGAGCAGUGGGCACGAGGAGGAAGAUUUGACACCAAAGGAGAGGUUCCGCCAGUUGUUGUACAUGAAGUACCGUCGGUCACUCUGUCAGCCUGGGGAAGCUGUGGGACUGCUCGCUGCACAGUCUAUUGGAGAGCCAUCCACCCAGAUGACUUUGAACACCUUCCACUUUGCCGGAAGAGGAGAAAUGAACGUGACCCUGGGAAUUCCGAGACUUGUGGAGAUCCUCAUGGUAGCCAGCGCCAACAUCAAGACGCCCAGGAUGGAUGCCCCGCUGCUAGCCACGUCCCACGCCAGGAAGCGGGCAGCCCGGCUCAAGAAGAAACUCACCAGGGUGGUCCUGGCACAGGUGAUUGAAGAUAUACAUGUCUACGAAUCAUAUGAGAUUGUCAGUGCUAUCGAGCAAUUCCGACUUUUCAAGAUACAAAUCAACUUCCUCCCGCACUCUGAGUAUAAGGAUGACCUGUACGCAGACCCUACCAGCAUCUUGCAUUACUUGGAGAAACGGUUCCUCAAACGCCUGAGCGAGACCAUUAAACGAAAGACCAGGGACCUGAUGAAGCUUCAGUUGGUUAACAACCAUGAUGCCAAGGCAGCUAAUGAGAAUGCUGCAGGGGAUGAUUCAGCCAAUCAGGACGAGCCACUGGAGCCGGUCGCCAUGGAGGCGGAGGAAGACAGUAUGUCGGACGAUGAGGAAGGGGGGGAUGACCAGGAGGAGCGGGAGUAUGAAGAGGACGGGGAGGGAGAACAGGAGAACCAGUCCUCAGAUGAGGAGGAGGGUGAAGACACCGGUAGUCACGGCGACCGAGGCAGUGCAGAGGAUGAGGACACCACUGAGCGAGGCACUGCCCAGGAGGAGGAAGAAGGUGUCUUGAGGAAGAAACGCAAGAAGAGCAGGGGGGUCCCAGACAGCGAGAAGACUGUCAGGAUAGACGAUGCUCUACAUAUCAGUCCAUUCCUUGUCUCGUACGACUUUGACAGUGAGAAGCAGAGUUGGUGUGAGUUUACCCUUAAGCUGGAGCUCGCCUACAGUCACCUGGACAUGAUGUCGCUGCUGCACAGCGAGACGCAGCAGGCCGUGGUGCAUGAGGCACGGGGCAUCCUGCGCUGCAUCAUAGCCGACGGCGACAAGGAAGGAGAGAAGGUGCUACAAACCAGCGGGGUCAACCUACAGGAGCUGUGUAAGCAUGACAAGGUCAUUGAUAUUCAUCGACUGUACACCAACAACAUUCAUGCCAUGGCCAACACGUACGGGAUAGAAGCGGCCUGUAGGGUGAUCAUCAAGGAGAUCCAGGACGUUUUCAAAGUCUACGGCAUCUAUGUGGACCCCCGUCAUCUGUCUCUUGUCGCAGACUACAUGACCCUAGAGGGCACCUACAAGCCCUUCAAUCGCAUCGGCCUGGAGGCCAACUCGUCCCCGCUGCAGAAGAUGAGCUUUGAGAGCACCAUGCACUUCCUCAAACAGGCCACCACACAAGGUGUGUGCGACAAUCUGCAGUCUCCGUCAGCCCGCUUGGUAGUCGGCAGGGUGGUUACCGGCGGCACUGGCUGCUUUGAUCUCAUUCAGCCACUCGGGUAGUUUUUCCCACUGUCGGAUGAUUGGUUACUUGCAAACUGAUUGCUUAUGAAACAUGCAAAAAUAACAUCCGAUUGUUGUGAAGAUUUUAGUAUUUUAACCUGAAAAGUCCACAUUGUUUGUUCCUUGUUUGACUGGAAAAAAGCCAAAAGUGAGGCAGCAAAUGUUAAUAAGAUUACCCAAAAUUUAUAUUGCGAUGGCACUGACUGAAUAGUUGGUAUCUUUAAGCCAGCAUUUGUGCAUUAGUGAACACACAAAAAUGAAUAUCGGAAUAAUGAGUUUAAAUAUCAUAUAUUCUGAUUUAAAGAUAUAGUUUAUAUAAGGAUUUCUUUACUUUUCAAUUUAGGUUUAAUAAAGAAUCAUCAUGCAAAAUAAAACCAGUAACCAUAUCUCUUUCGUUUAUUUAGUUUUGAGAGAAAAACAUCAAAUUUUUGGUUGUUUACACACUGGAAUGUUGCGACAUUCUCACUGUAAUCUAACUCUAUUACAAUCUCUUGUUUUGAACAUGCACACAAAAAACUGUGGAAAAUAUAAAUAAGGCAUCUUUAUGAAUUUAAGGAGAGACCAAGUAUGUACAAGUUAAGAAGAACAAAAGGUAGUUUUCCAAGCUGCAUUUCAUAAGUAAACAAAACUUUGGCCACGACAGUUCAUAUUCACCGAUCUCCAACAAAAUGAGUCCCACCAUUUCAGGCCAUCCACCUCCGCAAUAUCAUUGACACAGGAGUUUGUAUUUGAUCGGAAAUUCUUGAUCACUUCAGUCUUUUCGGUUUUAUGGUUUAUCAGGCCUGCAUAAAAUACAACAAUAAAAAGGUCUCAGUAUUCUUUCAAACAUGUGCCGCUCAUAUUGUUGGAUCGGUUCAAAUAAAAUCUAACAUACAGCACACGGGCUUAAGCAAGAUAAAUCAGUGUUUUCCUGACUGUUGAGAAAAAGCUUGGAAAAAAAAAAGAGAAAACUACCUUGACCCUUUGUGCUGACUCUAGCAAUGCUUUACGGUAAAUAAAUAUAAAAGUGCUAUCAA